GCAUACCCGUCAGGAGUUACGCGCUGUCGAUUUUCCAGCGCUCUGUCACGAGGCGGGGCCUCGCAUUAAACACCUCGAACGCACCGCAAGCAUUGCAACCAAGCAGGGCUAUUUUCCGCAGGCUCUCAUUCGUGCAAUGUUGAGCAAUAAGGAAGCAGCCGGUCGCCCUUCGUCGUCGCACGCCCGACCAGAAGCUCCAUUUCCGCUCAUACGCUCCAAAAGCUAUCUGACCAGGGAUGUCGAGGACAAAGUUGGUAUUGAUCUAGCAUACGGCAAGGCUGCUGCCGAUCUGGUAAAUGUUAUCAGAGAGGCUGCAACUUCAAUCAGCCCUAUCCAGUAUAUCUAUCUGCAGAAGAACGACCUUGAGAAGCUUCCACCUGAACUAGGACUGCUGAACUCUCUGGUGCACAUGGACGUGUCUUUCAACAACUUAGACGAAUUGCCUGGUCUUAUUUUUCGGGACCUGCAUCAACUGAGGUUCUUUGGAGCUCAGAGCAACCAACUAAGCCGGGUGCCGGAGGAGCUCGGGUUCUGCACAGACCUCACGCAGCUGCGGCUCUUCAAAAAUAGCAUCGACCAGCUUGCGGAAAAGCUUUUCUCUACUCUUCUUCACCUUGAGUUGCUGGAUGUUGCGCUCAACAACCUGACCACUUUACCAGCAGAUCUCUUCCUUUGCUGGAAAUUGAAGAAGCUGUAUCUGUCGCACAACCGUCUUCGAGCUCUCAGCCCGGCCAUACGGAACCUCCGUCAGUUGAAGCACCUGGACCUUUCACAUAAUGAGCUUCAGACCCUGCCGAAGGAAGUAGGCAACCUCGAAAACCUCCUUGUUUUGGACGUCAGUGGAAAUAAGAUUCACCACCUUCCGCAAGAUGUGUUUGCAAAUAUGUGCGCGCUGCAGUUCUUGGAUUUGCGGAGGAACAAGCUGUCGGAACUUCCGAGUCUGUCUAGACUGGAAUCGCUGAGCACUUUGCAUGUAGACGACAACCCGAUUGAGGUGUUGACACCAUCACUGGGAGAACUGGAGAAGUUGGAGACACUGACUCUCGAUGUGGGGACUUCGUCGAGGCUGCAGAGCCCGCCGAAAGAGAUAUGUAGGCAGGGAUUGAAGGCUAUUCAGGCGCGUCUGCGAAGCAGGCAAUAGAAGGCUUUAGAUAUCCAAUGCACAUAGCAACAAAUAACCGGCACUGAGCCCACAUCGCGACAUUUUCGUCCUCUGAGGACGCAUCAACCCGUGAGACAUCCUCGGAACCAAACCCGUGCGAAGCCCAUCGUCAAGGCAUCCGUGACUUCUGCCAACGCUUUACCAAUGCCCUCAGGUGUCCAAGGGAAAGUUGGGCAUACCCUUCAGGCCAACGUCGGGUGCCGCGAUCCGUC